AUGUCGCAAACCAGCACCAUCACCGUCUCGAGCGCCGCGCGGCCAUACACGACCGCCGAGCAGGCCGCCGAAGCCCACGACCGCCUGGUCAAGACCUUUGCCAGCGGGAAGACAAAGUCACUUCGCUGGCGAAAGUGGCAGCUUAAGCAGUUCUGGUGGAUGGUGACCGACAAUGAGGACGCCAUCUGCCGCGCGCUUGCCGCCGACCUUGGCCGCCCGGACAUGGAGACGCUGGUGGUCGAGUGCACCGUCAUGAAGCAGCUGAUCCUGGACCAGAUCGAGCACCUCGAGGAGUGGGCUGCCGACGACCCCAUCCCCGAGGCCGACUUCAUCUUCAGGACUAUCGGCAAGGCGCGAAUCCGCAAGGAGCCGCGCGGUGUGGCGCUCGUCCUCGGCGCGUGGAACACACCUGUGCUCGUCACGUUUGCGCCUGCUGUGGCAGCUGUUGCCGCCGGGUGCUGCGUCCUGAUGAAGCCCUCGGAGCUGCCUGUCGCAUCCCAGAACCUCAUGGCCGAUCUGGUCAAGUCGUACCUCGACCCUGAGGCCAUCCAGCUCGUGACGGGUGGCGCGGCCGAGACCUCCGAGCUUUUGGAGCUCAAGUUUGAUCACAUAUUCCACACCGGCUCCGUCAAGGUCGGCAAGAUAGUCCUGACCGCGGCAGCCAAGCACAUGGCGCCUGUUGUACUGGAGCUGGGCGGACAGGGACCCGCGAUUGUGACCGGCAGCGUGGACCCCAACAUCGCUGCGAAGCGCAUUGCUUGGGCGAAGUACAUGAACGCCGGCCAGAUCUGUACCUGUGUCAAUCACGUCUUUGUGGAUCCCAGCAUCCAUGAUCAGUUUGUGGAGCGCCUGGUCUACUGGACGGCCAAGUUCGCGGGCGAGGGAGACUUGCAAGUGUCCAACAUCAUCAACAAGGCCAAUUAUAACCGUCUGUCUGGCCUGUUGGCGAACACCAAGGGCAAGGUGCACCAGUCGCACAAGUCGAAUGAGGCUACAAACACGUUCGCCCCAGCUGUGGUGUCAGAUGUCAAGCCGCAGGAUGCUCUGCUAAACGAUGAAAUCUUUGGUCCUAUAUGCCCCGUGAUCAAGGCCACAUAUCGAGAGGCUGUCGAGGACAUCAACUCGAGACCCAACCCGCUUGCCGCAUAUAUCUUUAGUAAUGACAGGUCGGAGAUCAACUAUAUCCUGGACAACACCCUCUCCGGCGGUGUCACCGUCAACGACCUCAUGAUGCAUGGCAUCCUUCCCGGCACACCCUUCGGAGGCGUCGGUGAGUCCGGCAUGGGAGCCUACCACGGCAAGUACGGCUUCCUGGCCUUCACCCACCUCCGGGCCGUGGUCGAGAUCCCCUUCUGGCUCGACAGCCUCAUGGCCUGGCGGUACCCGCCCUACGACAUCAAGAACAAGAGCAACGUGGCCGUCAAGAACAAGCUGGGCUUCCGCAGAGGCGAGACCAUGGAAGACCAGGUCAUUGGGCGGGGCCGCUUCCCGAGCUGGACGACGGUCGGCGUGGCGGUCGCUGUUGCGGGGACCUUGGGCGCCCAGUGGUCUCGGGGAGGCCUUGGUCCGCUUGACGGCGUGAUCUCGAGUUUGCAGUCUGCUGUGCGUGGGGCUGUGAAAGUGUGA